AAAAAAAACCAGAAAACAAAAUCACAGAGUCAUGCCUGGAAUCAAGAACCCUGAAUACGAAGACUUCUUCAAUGAAAGGAAAAAAAAUAAAGAAAAAGGCAAAUGAAAAAAGAAACAAACCUUCGCCAACGCUUUCGGCUUUGCCCUAUUAUAUAUAUAUAUAUGUAUAUAUAUUUGCAUAAAUCAUAUAUACACACUCCAUCUACAUAUUCUUUAAUUUCUUUUUUUUUCCUUGUGAUUAAUUAACAUCAAUAUCCAGUUAUGAUCUCUUGGCUUGAUGUCUACCAUGUUGUUUCAUCCACUGUUCCUCUGUACGUCACGAUGAUCUUAGGCUAUGUCUCUGCGAAACAUCUGAAGCUCUUCUCACCCGAACAAUGCUCAGGCAUCAACACAUUCGUCUCGAAAUUCUCCAUCCCUUUGCUUUCUUUCCAAGUAAUCUCUCAGAAUAACCCUUACAAGAUGAACCCUAGACUCAUACUCUCGGAUGCCCUCCAGAAGAUCCUUGCCGCCGUGUCCUUGGCCGCCGUCGUGAGAUUCUGGCGGCCCGCCGCGAGCGGAGGGAGGCUGGGCUUGAUCAUAACCGGGUUUUCCAUAUCCACGUUACCAAACACUCUGAUCAUCGGGAUACCUAUGCUGAGAGCCAUGUACGGUGAUGGAUCCGUCGACUCUUUAGUGCAGAUUAUCGUUCUGCAGAGCCUGAUUUGGUACAAUCUCCUGCUUUUCCUGUUCGAGCUCAACGCCGCGAGAUCAUCUGUUGCCGCCAGAGUUCCCACAGAGCAUAGAGGCAACGAGAACACAGAUGCGGAACAAGAACCAAAAGAAGAAGAAGAAACAGUGUUGGCAUACGAUUCCAGCACAGGGAGAAUCCUCUUGAAGGUCUGGAGAAAGCUCGUAAGAAAUCCGAAUAGUUAUGCAACUUUGGCCGGACUCAUUUGGGCCAGCAUUCAUUUCCGAUUGGGAUGGGAAAUGCCCGGAAUGGUCGAUGGAUCCAUACGUUUAUUAUCAGAUGGAGGCCUCGGGAUGGCGAUGUUUAGCCUAGGUCUAUUCAUGGCAUCCCAAAGGAGCAUCAUAGCUUGCGGAAAACAAAUGCUGGCGAUAACUAUGGUGUUGAAGUUUCUAAUCGGACCGAUCUUGAUGGUCGCUUCUGCAUUUGGCAUCAGAUUACACGGCACUCUCCUACGAACCAUGAUUUUGCAGUCUGCAUUGCCCCAAGGAAUCGUACCUUUCGUCUUUGCAAAAGAGUAUAAUGUUUAUCCAGAGAUCGUUAGUACCGGGGUGAUAUUUGGGAUGGUGGUUGCCUUACCAAUUGCUUUGGCUUACUAUUUCGUGAUGGCCCUUUGAAAAUGAUUUAAAUAAAUUUUUUGGGGUUCUUUAUGUUGCUGCCCUUUAUUGUAUUAUAAAUAGAUGAAUAUUUUAAUUAUUUAUGUUGUAAAGAUUUGUUGUAAAGCAAUAAGUUCGAAUAGCUCAUAUUUAUUCGAACGGUUCACAGGUCCCAAAAAAAAAUAAUGGAA